AUGGGGGUCAGGAUGGACGAGAGUGGCGAGCGCAGGAGGAGGCGGAGCAGCCCAGUAAUUGAGUAUCUGACCAUUCCUAGAUAUGGACUGGCAAGCCCAUUCAAAGGACAUUUAAGUACAAAAAGUAAUGCUUUCUGCAUUGACUCCUCCUCCCGCAGACUCAGUAAUCAGUACCUCAUCAGGGAUCACAUGGCUGUUCACUACAAUAAAAUACUUUCAGCCAAAGCUGCUAUAGACUGUUCAUUACCAAAAAGCAGAUUAAAUAGCAUAAAAUUUUCAGAUCAGCAACGAAGAGAGAAACUGAAGAAAGAGGUAGAAAAAUGUGAGAAAGAGAUGAUUUUAUCUCAACAGGUAUCCCGAUCUAGUUCCAGGGAGAGUAGAAGACUGCUAUCUGCCACCUACAGGAAACCUACCCCUACACAGGUUUCAUCAGAACCAGAAGACAAGGAACCCUUAAGGACACCAUGUGAACAGCAGUAUGGGUUGGGCUCCCUAUUGACUCCAGAGAGGCAAAGUGCAAUCCUUCAAAGUAAAGAAACAAAUAACAAAAAAGUUGGUCUGAAAAUCUCCAACUUCUCAGUUGAAAGCUCAGGCUCCAGCAUUUCAAGCCUACAAAAGUUACAUUCUAGAGUUUCCUGUAGUUCUUCUGACACUUCAGCAAGCAAACAUUCUUCAAAAGCCCAAACUCCUGACUCCAAAGCAUGCAGUGUGGAUCUCCUCGACAAGCAUUCCCAACAUUUUACCAGUGGUCAGCAGCCGUUCACUCCAAGGACUUUAAAGUCGGAUGCGAAAUCCUUUCUUUCACAGUACAGAUACUACACCCCAGCGAGAAGGAAAGUAAGGGAGAAUCUAAGGCAACAGAUGGAAGCAGAAACGCAAAUCGAAAUAAGCAGGUGA